GCUUGUCCAUCACUGGACGGAGAGAUCCCUUUAAUUUGAUAAGGUGGCUCUUUAAACGCCAAUAAAACAGAAAAACAGUCAAUUUCAAGACUCUCAGCUUAAAUGAUGGCGAAGCUGCAGGCCUGUUUGCAGCCUCACAACUACCGCCACCGUCUGCUAAUCGGAUAGAGAGAAGGACUUUGAGUGACUGCAGGAUUGCGCCUUGCUAACGUUACGCAGCUGCUGUCUGUAACCAAAGCUAGUCGGCUAUCUAACGUUAGCUGAAGCGGCUCCGCUUUGCCAUAUGAUAUUGACGCUCAGUGUACAGGGACAAACCUGGGCAGACAGCGACUUGCUCCGCUAAAUAGCCCAAUACCGCUGACAUGGACAAAGAAGAAGCAGACCGGCUGAUAGAGAAGGCCAAGCUGUGUUUACGGUCAGGACGGAAAGAUCGGGCGUUGCAGCUGCUAUAUGAGGCGCAGAACAUUUACCCCAGCACCCGGGCCAGAGUGCUGAUAGAUGCCAUUCUGAGAAAUGGAGGCGGUGCCGCUCCAGAAACAAACCAUGUGCCCCCACCGACAGGAUGGCGAGAUGAGGACAUUGGAACCAGUGAAACAAAUAAUGCAAGUGGUGACGAGAAGAAGAGCUACACCGAGGAGCAGCGCCAAGGGGUUCUCAGGAUAAAGAAUUGUAAGGACUUUUAUGAGAUUCUCGGUGUGCACAAAAGUGCCAGCGAUGAAGAUUUGAAGAAGGCCUACAGGAAGUUGGCCCUGAAAUUUCACCCUGACAAGAACUUUGCUCCGGGAGCCACAGAUGCUUUCAAAGCAAUAGGUAAUGCAUAUGCAGUGCUGAGCAAUCCAGAGAAGAGGCGGCAGUAUGAUCAGUAUGGAGAUCAGUCUGCAAGUAUGAACGCACCCCAGCAAUCCACCCACAGUCGGCACGGACACUACCGCAGCUUCCACAGGGACUUCGAGGCCGACAUUUCCCCCGAGGAGCUCUUCAACAUGUUCUUCGGAGGAAGGUUUCCCACAGGAAAUAUCCACGUGUACACCAACCAGGGAGCCUCCUACUCUCAGUUUUAUCAGCCUCGUCGUCGACGUGCUCAUGAAAGGCGCGAGGAGGUGGUGGAGGAAAAUCAGAGUCAGAACACCUUCACAGCUCUUCUGCAGCUUCUCCCCGUGUUGGUGCUAAUCCUCAUAUCAGUGUUUACUCAGAUGAUGGCCACUAACCCACCCUACAGUCUCUUCUAUAAGCCAGCCAUGGGGCUAGUGGUGUCCAGGGAAACGCAGCACAUGGGUGUACCAUACUAUGUAGACAAGGGUUUUGAGAAGGAAUACCGUGGCGCUGCACUGGAGGAGCUCGAGAAAACCAUCGAGAACGACUAUAUUGAACACCUGCAGAGCAGCUGCUGGAAAGAAAAACAGCAAAAAUCAGACUUGGCAAACCUCGGACAGCUGUACCGAGACGACCGCUUAAAGCAGAAGGCGGAGACAAUGAGGCUGGAAAACUGUGAGAAACUGCAUCGAUUGGUUGGGCGUCAGAGAGGAAAAUGAGGACUGUCGGAGAGGAGAAAGUGUUUCUUUACAGACUUUACAAUAAUGUAUUUUACCUAAGUGUGUAAUUUAUCCAAUCUGGCCACUUUGUGAAGAAAUCUCUUUGGGUACAGCACAGCCAGUGGGAGAUUAUGCCGCUGGGAACGAUGUGCCUUCUCUCCUCGUGUCGAUGGUAGAAAGUGAAGUUGCAUGUUAGCUGCCGGCCCUAGCUGUGGUGGUAGCGGUGACAGGUGCGCAGUCACUGUGGAAGCGUGAACGACGUCUCAGAGCCUUUAAACUUUCUUAUAGAAAUGGCAUGACAUAAGGGGGCUCCCUUUGGGGUUACAAAGGCAGUUGUAUGUUCACGCAUACAUGUUUUAUCUGGUUGGGUUUUGUAGUUCACCUGUAUUUAUUUUGGAUGUUUCUGUGUCCUUGCUCAAAUUUUAGGUGUAUUUAUUUAGUAGAUGAUAGAAGAAACAUCCAUUUUUCUUUCCUGUUAGAAAUGAAGUACAGUGUACUGUAGUCUUUUAUUUUUAGUCUGCAACAUUUUAUUUAUGAUUGAAACAUAGACAAAUCACUCAAUUGGACCUCGAGCAAUAGGAGGCACAGUAAUAUUUUACAGAAUAUGCUGUUUUCUGUUUGUGCUGCCAAAAAAAGGAGCUGCUUCCUACAGCAGAGCUUCAGGCUCCCUGCGUCAGCGCUUGCAUAGGUGUUUAUUGUGUUGGUCAUUUAGAAAUGGCAUUUCAGCCGAAAGAAAAGGCAGUUCACAGUGUUUCUUGCUGUAUAUGGGGAAUCUUCACUAUAAGCAGUUUGUAUGGUUUUAUGGAGUUUAAAUGGCUUGCAAUACAGUUUUUUGUUUGCUUUCAUAACUGCAAGCUCAGAUGCUUCCAGAAAAAUGGGUUUUCAGCUCAAAUCUAGAUAUUUUAUAAAUCCAAUACCCGUAAUUUCUUCUGAUCUUUUAUAACAAUAAUGAUAAUUUAAAAAUAAACGUAAAAAAACAAAACAAGAAAAUGUUUUGAAAAACUUAAUAUAUAAGAAUUGAAUGGCUAUGAUUAGACAGCCUAAUCCGAUAGUGGUAACUUCAGUCAGUAGUGGCUGGGAGUUUUUCAAAGAAACAAGCAUGUCUCUUUGUGCUAGCAGUCGCAGUCCUCCGAUGCACUGCUGCCUCCCGGUGUCAUUUUGUAAAUAACGGAGACUGUUAAACUCCUUGGAGACUUUGUUUUCCACAACUAACUUGUGGGUAUGAUCAUUUCAUCCAGACAGAAACCAAAAUUGGGACUUUUACUUGCCAUGUUCUGAUCAAAUCACGUCAUCACUAAGGGGAUUCUAACUUAU